CAUAUCCUGGGGGCAGCUGCUUGGUGUAGCAGGUUACUGCUUUGGAGAGCAUGGUGUUCCACGUCCCAGAGGUGGCACUGGAAGGCCAGGUUUAGCUCUAGCACUCCUGUUCCCUGCUACCCUGAUGGGGGUUUGAUUUUUGCCGCUUCCUUCAGGAUGUGAAUGUCAGCUGCUUGCAAUGUCAUUUUUUUUAAUAUAGAGAGUAGCCUGGCCUUGCGAGCAGAGCCGGCUUGCCCUUUGUCCGGUGAUUUGAAUGAGAACAGUGUGAAGCUGGUGUCCCUGGAGUGACACUCAGGCGCUCGCUGCCUUGUGCAUGGAGGUGAUGUGCCCAGAUGGAGGCAGGGUGGCACCCUGCUGAUCUCCUGGGUUGGGCGCUGACUUUUCCCACCCACUUCCUUUCUCAAGCAGUUCAGCAAAAGCUGUUGGAAUUCCAGGUUAAUGGGGGAAAUCACUUUAUGCUAAACCCUUGGCCAUCUGCUCACUUUCUAAUUACAAACACUGUGGGUGUGAUUUGUGGCUGUGCCCUUGGGAUGGGGUGAGGCAGGGUGGGAGGCAGCUGGUUGUCCCCGCAGCCCUGACAGUGGGCACUGCAGGAGGAUGCUGCUGGCUCUGCAGGGAACAUCCCUGGGCUGUCAGCAUGCGAUGUAGCCGAGCCUUGCCCAGCCUUCCCCGUGCCUGCCUGUUCCUUGCUCCCUGGUACUUGGCAGAGCUGGGCCAAGGACAUCUUCGAGAGAACAGCCUCCUGCCAGGUUUGCCUUCACAGCACCUCCAGCUUGGCCCUCUUUCCAACUCACAGGCCCCCGGCCUCUGCUGCCAAAGCCAUGCUGUGCUUGUGUUAUCUUGGACUGCCGCACUCCUGCCCUACAUGAGUGCUGGGUGUUGGGACUGCAGGAGAGGCUGUGGUGGCUGGGAGUUGUCCCUUUAAACACGGGGUCCGGGGAGGGUAAUCUGCCAGAGAUUAUCUGAUGGGCAGAAGAUUGGAUUAAAGGCAAUGUCUCCUCCCUUCACCCAUGUCCUAAAGCAUCCCCUGUCCUGUGUGUAUGGAAACCAAGUUCACUUUCUCCUGACCGAGCAGAGAGUGGGGCCUUUGAUUUGAGGGCUAAGGGGAGGAGGGCAAAGUGUGCGCUAUGGGACUGGCUCUCCUCUUCCUCGCUGUGCUGGCCACGCUGAUCUCCUGUGAGGACCCAGAAGGUAAUGGCGUGUUUGGGGGAAGAGGGACUUACAGGGUGCCCCAGAGCUGCUGCUAUCUGGCUGGAUGGGUCUGCCCCAGCAGGGAGAAAGACCUUUAUCACGUCCCUGCACCAAGGCUUGGGACAGGGAGGGGCUGGCUUGCGGGAGAGCUGGGGGCCGUUAAUGGGCACUGUCCUUAUCACAGCAGGGGUGAGGGAGGAGGCUUUCGGGGCUGGGGAGCUGCUGGGAAGGGUGGUCCUUGGCCCCCUGACUCAGGCCAGCCCUGCUCUGCCUUGCUCCCUGCGGCACCAGGAGACCUGGAUACUUACUGGUCUGGCACAGCACCCAUCUGCUUGGGGGGCUGCAAGGGGAAGCACAAGGAGCUGAAGAGGAGCCAGUGUGGGAAUGGCAGCUGCUGCUGGCUGGGCUACAAGUCCUUCUGCAGAGUGAACUGCGGGCGACCCGAAGCGGACUUCAACUCAGUGGUGUAUGGCAACGACUGGUGGGUUGGCUCAGUGGUGCGGUACAGCUGCCGGCCUGGAUUCCUGCUGCUGGGGGACCCGGCCAGUGCCUGCCAGUCCGACGGCCGCUGGACUCCCAAGCCCACCUGCCUCCGGAUCUGCCUGCGAGGUCGGAUCGAGAUCAGCGAGCGGGACAUUACUGGGAGGUGCUCCUCAUCGUGCAGCACCCAGGCCCACCUGGGAGCCUUCCUCAACCACGGCUGCAUCAAAAUCUCAGCCUGUGUCACCAAGCACUCAGGCUGGGCUCGCUGGUUCCUGCGUUGUGACAUCUGUGAGUGCGACUGCCAUGUCCCAUGCGGGUCCUCCAGGUAGAGCUGGGCGGUCCAGGGCUGUGGCCACUGGCCCCAUGUCAAGGGAGGCUUCCACCCUGGAUGUCUGCUUCCCUUUGCCACGUGUCUCCAGUGCUGCACUCCUUCCAUAAGCCCUGUUCAUCCCAAGGCUGACAUCUGAGAGGAGAUGUGGACUCACUCUCUCCCUUCCUGCCUGGCCCCAUCCUGUGACUCCCCAGCAGCAGGGGAUGCUCUGUGAGCAGCAGGCGCUGGGGCGCUGCAUGUGCUUCCUGCAGCUGGGCUUGAGGACUUUGGUGUCUCAGCCUCCAUUUGCCCAGAUACUUCCUAGAGGAGGCUUAUAUCCCCUUUUAGCGGGGAUAUGCAUGUGUGCCUGUGCCUGUUGGAGAAAUAUCUGUACCGUCUGUGCUGCAGGUUGUGAUUUCCCCCUGGCCAGGUCCCUGGCCUGAGAGAUAGACCUUUCCUGUGUGCAUGCUGCAGCUAUCAGACAGGGCUGGAAUGCAGGAUCCGCCUGCUACCCCCACGCCAUGGGCAGGGCACACAGGGCAGAGCAGCCUGGCCAAGGCUGCACCACCUAUUGCUGAGGAAUCAAGUGUUACAGUGGGACAAACCACCCUACAGCCUCCCUUCCCUAAACUCUUUUUUCUCCCCAUUAGCCCUUCACUUCUCACUGGGGAAAUGGUCAGAGAGUUGCACUCAUGUUGAUGCCAGUACCUGACUCCAGUCAGGAACAACCUGGUGCUCCCUGGGCUGCCCUGGCUCCCUCUGAGGCAGCAAUGGAAAAGCCAGACUUUGUAUUCUCUCAGGGAAGAAGGAGGUGGUCUGGAGCAUGUAUGAUGGGAUUUCCAGUGGAGCUGGAGGACCAACAGUACCACCAUGGGUAAUUAAACUAUGCUUACAGGAAAUCACACAGGUUUUCCAGUCAUGCGAAGAGAUUCUGUUGCCUGCUCUGUCCCUAGAGUCCUGGACAUAAAUAAAAGAGCCAGGACAGGCUCCCUCUGCCACUGAUGCUCUCCUGAACACGUGAGCUACCAUGGGGGCACAGGUAUAGUCAAGGCCACCGUAGGAAGGUCCUAGCUGGGGACCACAUGAAUGCUGAAUGUGUCCAUGGGCACGGGACUGCUUUCUGGGCACUGGAGUCCCAUGCCUGCUAGCUGUUCACCUCAAAAUAACUCCACAGCAGGAACUGCUAGUUGCUGCAAGGCCACCAGCUUGGUCCUGACCCAGUCUUGAGCAGCUGAGAAGGAAGUGACUUUAGCAUCAGGUGGGUUUGCUCCCAAGCCCUGUUUGUGCUCAUGGGGAUGGGAGUCAGCAAACUGGAUUGGUCCGGUGUGCCUUUUUCUCCACGAUGACUUAAGAUGUCACUAUGGAGCUUGGCUCCACAAUACCUCCUUGUGCCCUCCACGUGCUCAGCCUGCGAGCUGCCCUGCCCCACAGUGUCUCCUCUGGCUGGAUCCUGCUCCGCCAAGGGAGCAAAAUCACUGCCCUGAGCUCUGUGCUGGCCCAACGCUGGCUGUGGGAGGGGAAAACUUUCCUUGCCUCAACAGAUGGUUUUUUAAUUAAUACUCCUGUUAGUGCCACCCA